GCGAAGGAUUAAACAUACCUGUUAAACCAAGGAAGGGGGAAGCGGUCAGCUUGAAUGAAAUUAGGAUCUAGGAGUGUUAUAAUUCGAUCAAUGCGCAUAUAUUUGCACCCUUUCUUCCUCAUAAGAAAAUAGGAUUUGAUGGCGAAUAUGGAGUUGAAGACUGCCUAUGGAUUUAAUGGAAACAAUAUAUUACAUAAUGCUGUGGAUCCUGAUCUUGGAUGUGUGUGGACUGAUGGAGAAGGUGUUUAUCUGAGUACAAUAUCAGACAGUGAAUCUCAGAUACCAUCAAUGCAUGAGACAAAAACACUUGGAAAAUUCAGUGAUGUUACAGGAUGUUCAUGGAGUCCAUGUCAAACAAUGGGAACACACUACCUAGCCGUGCAACAUAAGACUUGUGCAGUCAUCUGGGCAGUAGAAUCAAGGACGUCUGUCAGCAAUGCUGAGUUCAGGAAAUUACACACAAUAGAGCACAGAGAGCAUGGAAAAGGUUGUGUAUGGCACCCAAGCCUGCCACUCAUUGUAGUCUUCACCAAGUCACAGGUCAUCCUCUCCACCAUCAAGAGUGGAAAGACUAGUACUGUCUUGGACGAUGGACUGGACAUAACUGCUGCAUGCUGGACACUGGAUGGAUGUCACCUGAUUCUGUCUGAUGGUAAUCAACUCAAAAUUUAUGGAAUGAAUACUGAAUCUGAGGCUGUUACGAGCAUGGAGUCAACCUUCAUGGAAAGAAACAUUGGUUCUGUGUGCUCUCUGAUGCCCAUCUCAAAUCACAUCAUUGCCAUCGCAACAGAACUACCACUGCAUAAGAUAGUCACUGAGCUCUCCGCUGACCUGUUUUCACCAGACAUUGCAGGGAAUGAUUUCAAGGGGAAGGACAUUGCUAAAAGUUCUCAUUCUGUGGAUUGUGAGAACAGGUCCAGUUUGCCUCUUAGUCCCAGCCAUUCCAGUUUGGACCAUGAAAUAAAGAAACUGAAUGCAAAUGGUAACCUUGAAACCUCUCAUACCAAAGGAAAUAAAGUAGAUUGUUCAUCUUCCACAGAACUAGAUACUGGUGAUAAUUUAUUGCAAUCCCCUAAUCAUAGAGGUAGCCAUGGCAACUGUUCUACAGAAGAUGGCAAAUCUCUUGCAAGCAGGAUAGUGGAGGAAGCAUUGAAAAAGAAGACAGGGCCGAUAGACAUGAUGGACAUUCUGGCUCUGACCAAAGAAUGUAAAGUGGGUGAUGUUGCUGAUAAUACAACUAGGAAUGUUGAAAGGCACAUGGAAAGCAACGGUACUACUCUCAACAGUACUAAUUUGGAUGAAACAAAGGAUCGUCCAAAGCCAAUGGCUCCUGCCUGUCCUGCCAUGAACAUCCAUCAGGUCAGGACCAGUAUCUACCAAGCUGAAUCUAGUGAAGAAAAGCCACACUAUCACCUGACCAAAGACUUGAAAUCACAAAGUACCAAUGUGGAAAGCAUCUGUAUAGGAGGAAGCAAGAUUCAGUUUUUGAAUGGUAGGAAGGAAAACGUGUCUUCAAAUGACAGUGGAAACAAAAUGGUGGAUCUGACUCACUUGAAAUCACAUGGUACAUUCAGAGUUCCCCAGUUCAAGCAGGCAAGAGAGCCAGGAGCAGAAAGCUGUGCAAGAUUGACUUUACUUGAUGUAAAGAGCAAGAAGUUUAUUUCUCAUAUUGAUCUACAUGGUAUUAUCACACCUUCUAUCAUACAUUAUCAAGCAAGUAGAAGAGUAAUAAUCAUCGCUAGUCACAGCAAAAGAACACUCUCCCUGUUUUCUUUCAAUAAAUCUACAUUACAGAGGUUGCCACAAACAAUUGAGCUUGGUGAGACUGAGAGGCCUGUGGGUGUGUGUUCCAUACCUGACAUAGAGGGCAGUAUUCUAGUCGCUGUGACAAUGCCCAUUUCAGAUGAUGGUUCUUUCAGGGGUGUUCUUCCAUCUUCUCAGGAGGAAAGGCUUCUAUCUCUCAAGGUUGUUGAUGUACCUACAGGCCAAUCUACAAGUGCCAAAGCUGUUGAUAGCACAUCAUCCUAUCAUGAAGGAGCAACCUCACGUCCAGGAGAUGCUGAUGAUGAUGGUCUCCAAACACUGCUCCUACCUGGAGGAUUGCCAUUCAAUGCAAAUGGAAAAUUCCUGGGGAAGAGGUUAGGGAUUGAAGUGCUAGAAGAGGAUAAUGAACAUGAUGAUGUGUUAAAAGACCCGUUAAGUGGGCGGAAGUUAGACGUGCCUCCGAAAGAAACCCACAGUUGCUUGUAUCCAACUCCUGAAAAUGCUGCAUAUGUUACACUCAGGUUAAUCAGGGAUGGCCAGGUCUUCCAGAAAUGUUUCCUCCUUCAGUCCGGCUUGCUUCCUCUUCAACCAAUACUUGAUGUCUUCCACCUGAAACAGGCUGAAUUCAAUGUUGGAUCUCGCUGGAUUGUUCUUUCAGCAGACACAGAGGGCGUAGUUCCACUUAAAUUCAAUGCAGGAUCAUCCUAUGAUAUCCGUGAAGCUGCUCUGUCAAACUCUUCAAGAUAACACCAUCUUUAUCAUAAAACCUCAUCAUCUUUAUCAUUUCCCCCUUGUCAUUAUAAUGAUUGAGAUAUACAGGUGAACUAUACAUCGGUGUAUAACUUUACAUCAUAUUGAGGAAUGCUAUAUUGAACACAAAUUGAUUUCAGUGUAAUAAAAUUUUCCCUUCUCAAGAAAACGAUUGGGAUGUACAAUACAAAUAAACUAUACACUGGUGUGUAUCACUACAUCUACUUGUGGAGUGCUAUGGGUUGUUAUCCCAUUUAAUUUCAGUACGAUAUUUUUUUCCAUGAUCAAUAUAAUGAUGGGGAUUUACAGAUGAAUUAUUCGCUGGUGCAUACACUAGCCUAUGUUACACGCAUCUCGUUAUAUGCCUCAAUGGGCUGAUAUGGUGAAUCUCAUAUAUGAUAGAGUUUGGUUUAGUUUAACCAGACAGCCAGGAAAUUGUAGAAGCUUGUAUUAAAGUAAGCUAGCAUCUAGAGGACUGACUGUUUCACAUCAUCUCCAAAAGAACUAUCUUACCAAACAGCACCAGUGCAUACAUUUCGUGUCAAAGUCAGAACGUCAAAUUAUGAGAGCACAGGGAAUAGUUUUCCUGGUAUUGCAUUGCGAUUUUCUCCACAUUUUUUAUGACUGCUACACAAAAUUUAUUUUGUGUAGCAAUUAUUUUGCAGAGGAAUGAACAGAACAGUUGAAAGCUUUUACCUUACAACCAAGUGGGUGUUUCCAAGUUAGGAAUUGCUUUACACAUGACUUGUGACCGUUUUUCAUGCUGAAUGAUCUAGGUAUCCCUUUGUAGCUGACAUAGCACAUGUCCCAGUCAUACGUGCGUAUCUUACCGAUCAGCUUUAUAAAACUCCCACCAGAUAUGCUUAUCAAAUUUGAGAAGUAAAAAUUUUUCCCGGACCAUUACUCUACCUGAUAGGCAAUCACAAAAAUGUCCUAAUAUAUAAUUUUGACAGCCUAUCUGAGGGAAUAAUGGAAUUUACAUGAUUAUUUCCAUUGUUUCUUUACAAUUAUUCAGGUCAAUGUUAAUGACAUAAUGUACUAGUAUCAUAAAAUCAUUUCACAAAGCAUCUUGACAGCAAUUUUCACUGAUGAUGUUGCUCUGAGCCUAUCAGGUGCUAAGAUUUCAUGAGUUUGUAAAAGUUGAGAAGGAACUCAUCUGAGGAAUUGCUUUAUGAAAUGCCCCCCCCACCCCCACUCAUAAAUUUACUGUGUGUAUAGUAAGAAGAUUAUGACCAUAUGCAGGGCUGAGGAAAGGUUUUGAAAGUGGGGGGGGGGGGGGGGGCUGACCAUGCAAAAAAUCACAAUGAGAUGGUAAUUUUUACGUUUUGUACACGGUUUUUGAAAAAAGUGGGGUGGGGGCUGAAGCCCACCCAGUGGGGAUUCAGGGGCCCAGGGCCCCUGCACAGUGUGUCCAUGGUGCUCUUUCUCAUGAAACUUGGAAUGCUCAGAUUCAAUGUCAAAUUUGCUGUCAGCCAAUUAAGUGUCUCCAUUUCAGUAGUUUAUGACAGAAGUUUUUAUCUGACAUUACCAUCAAGUUUUAUGAAACCAGGAUAUUGAAUCAAUGUCUGUUUAAAAAUGAAUCGCGAUCCAGUUUUUUAAGGUCAUUUUAACCAUCAGUAUUACUUGUUAUCUAUUUAAUCAAGAAUAAAGUUUUUUAUUCAGGUCACUCUUAAAUGAUUGCAUAUUUGAAGAGGAGAUGAACAAAAUUGCCUGCUAUCAUUCAGCAAUAAGUUUGAUUAGAUUAUACAAUAAGUCUAUUCAACAAUUGUUAAUUCUGAUAAUACAGUAAAAUUAGACACAUUAAACAAUUUGAUGCAGGUCGAUAUAAUCAAAACAGGAAUUUAAUCAGGGAGUUGUGAGGAACUUUUAUUUACUGGUAAAUUAAAAUUGUUUCUUGAAAUGAUAUGUGUUAUGCUGGCAAUGUGUAAAUUCUCCUUCUACUUACUGUUAUUGUAUGUAGUUAUGUGAGGCAGGAUAUGUUGCAAUAUAAGGGAGAUGCUAUUUCAACAUCAAAUACUUGUACAUGUAAUUAAUAUCUGAAAUUUUUAAUGUAUGGAAUGAGUGCUUAAAAUGUGAGAGAAAAGUUACCCUGCAAUGUCAUUUUCUCACAGAUUUACAAAAAAAAAACUAAUGUGCUAAUGUUGUUUCAAAGAUUUUCCAUCAAAAUAUGAAAUCAUGUUUUUGUAUGACUUUAAUAGUAGUACUUUAUGACAGAGAAUAACCAGCUGAAAUUGACUCUUGAGAAAGUCUGUAUAUUCUAAUAAAGUGCCAAAAAUAGAUAACAACUAAAA